AUGGCAUCUACCACGUUCCGGGAUUCAGUGAACUCACUGGGCUGGUCGCGACGAGACGGCGAUGUCACAGCGAGCACCAACUCGUCCACCCCCUUCCUAUCGAGGUUGCAAUCCUAUAAUCCCUUUGGCCAAGGAGAUGGUUAUCUACACCUUCCCACACACGAAAACCCAGGAGCUCCCCUACCUGCUCCUAGUCGACGAGAGGAGGAGGAUGCUUUCUUUGCGCUAAGUCGAUGGGAUCGGAUGCUCAUCUUCUUUGCAUGCAAUCUUGGCGCCGCUGUCUGCUUCGUGAUUUGCUUUUUCCUAUUCCCAGUGCUCUCGAUCAAGCCCCGCAAAUUUGCCAUCCUGUGGUCUGUCGGAUCGUUACUUUUCCUGUUAUCAUGGGCGGUCCUCAUGGGACCCAUAAUCUACGCUAGGCAUCUGAUCUCUGGAUCACGCUUGCCCUUCACUGCCGCCUAUUUUGGGUCCAUCGCGUUGACUCUAUAUUUUGCUGUCGGACGCCAAUCCACUCUGCUCACCCUCAUCUCGUCCCUUUUCCAACUCGCCGCCCUCCUCUGGUAUGUCGUCAGCUACUUCCCUAUGGGCAGCUCGGGCCUGCAAUUCAUGGGUCGCUUCGGUGCCCAGCGCGUCACGUCCUGGAUGACUGGUUAG